CUCUUUUGUCUCCGUGGGCCGAAGAUAAAAGCAGCGGCGGCUGCCGUGGGAACCGUGCUGUCUGGACUCAGCUACCCCUCGCUGGUGGCGGGGGGCGCCGUGCGGAGCAGCUCCGCGGGCAGCACCGGGUCGCUUAAGCGGCCGGGGACGUGCCCAUCCUCUUCCCUCGCAGGGCCGCGGAGACCGGAAGGCGGCAUCCGCAGCUGGCAAGGCCCGAGGGUCCGCAGCCCACCGAGCCGAGCACAGGCCGUCAAAGCCGAAUCCGAACUUGAAUUCUGUGCGGCUGAUUGCAGAGCUGGUCUCGGAUCGGCGACCCCCCCCCCCCAACCCGGUGGACAGAGAUCGGCUGUUAGCCUGGAGACGAGCUUUCUCGCAGAGGCCACCGGUUGCAGAAGCUGGAAGUGAAAUAAAGGCGCGCUCGCGCCCGUUCCUGCGCUCCUCCCCUACUGAGAUAGGAGAGUCCCCCAGCACGCCUGCACAUUAGGCUAACCCACAAAGCCUGAGCGUCUUGUUCCAUUCGGACGCCCCGAUCGUCAUCAGUCAUGGCUAGCAUCAUUGCGCGCAUGGGUAAUAGCCGGCGGCAGAACGCACCCUUGCCGCCCUGGGCCCAUUCUAUGCUGAGGUCCCUGGGGAGAAGCCUCGGCCCUUUAAUGGCCAGCGUGGCAGAGAGAAAUAUGAAGUUGUUCUCGGGGAGGGUGGUGCCAGCCCAGGGGGAAGAAACCUUUGAAAACUGGCUCAUCCAAGUCAAUGGGGCCCUGCCGGAUUGGAAUAUGUCUGAGGAGGAGAAGCUCAAGCGCUUGCUGAAAACGCUUCGAGGCCCCGCCAGGGAGGUCAUGCUUUUGCUGCAGGCGGCCAACCCCAAUCUGAGUGUGGCCGAUUUCUUGCGUGCCAUGAAAUUGGUGUUUGGAGAAUCGGAAAGCAGUGUGUCGGCUCACGGUAAAUUUUUUAACACCCUGCAGGCGCAAGGGGAGAAAGCCUCCCUUUAUGUGAUCCGUUUAGAGGUGCAGCUCCAGAAUGCUAUUCAGGCGGGGAUCAUAGCUCAGAAAGAUGCAAACCAGACCCGCCUGCACCAGCUCCUUUUAGGGGCCGAGCUGAACGGGGACCUGCGCUUUAGGCUGAAGCAUCUUCUCAGGAUGUAUGCAAAUGAGCAGGAGCGCCUCCCCAGUUUCCUCGAGUUGAUCAAGAUGGUCAGGGAGGAAGAGGAUUGGGAUGACACUUUCCUUAAACAGAAACGGCCCAAAAGAUCCGAGUCACUGGUGGAGAGGGCCACCAGCCUGAUGGCAUUUCAGGGCUCCCCGCAGAUAGUGGUCGGCAGUCCCGACUGCAACGUGAUAGAGAUAGAUGAUGCCCUCGAUGACUCAGAUGAGGAUGUGAUCCUGGUGGAGUCUCAGGACCCUCCACUGUCAUUCACGGCUUCUCCGCUCCCCAGACGCAGGGCCAGACCUCGGGACCAAGUGCUAGUCAUCGAUUCCCCUAGCAGUUCCCGGGCUCAGUCUCCUUCCACCAGCGGGGGUUCUGGGCAUAAGAAUGAUGGUUCUAGGCACCUGCGUAGAACCAGGAAGCGAAAACACACAAUCCGCUGCUCCUACUGCGGCGAGGAGGGCCACUCAAAGGAAACCUGUGACAAUGACAGCAGCCGGGCCCAGGUGUUUGAGAAUCUGAUCAUCACCCUGCAGGAGCUGACCCAUACAGAGGAGGAGGGACCCAGGGAGGCCCCUGGCCAACAAGAUGACCCUUCUGAGCUGCAGUGAGCUGGUGUCCCCUAGCCUUAAGUGAACCCUAACCCAUAUUCUGAGUCCAGCAAUGGGACAACUGGGGCGGGGCGCUUCUAAUUGCAUGAA